AUGGCAGGGUUAAACGCAAAAGACGAUGUUUCCAAAGAACUGAAAAAGUCUAGAAUUAUUCGUGAUAAUGCUGAUCUACAAAGUAUUUGUAAUACAUUAGAAGAAUCGACAAACCCAUUCAGCAUUUCAUUUGAGAAGGAAACACUUUAUAAUAUGACUGGUAAAGCUGCAAAUAUGAACACAAAGAAAUAUUUGCUCAGUUCAAUGAACAAAGGAGAUACAUUAAGAACUGCCUUCAUUGAAGAAUGUAAUAAAGAAAAUGAAAGGUUUAACCAGACAAUACACAAACAAAAAAUAAAUUAUUUUGAAGCUGAGGGCGUUAAAGUUAAGGUACCUACCAAAGACAAUAAAGAUAAAGAAGUUGGGCUCACUGUGGAAUAUUUGGUCGAAUGUGUUUUUUGGUUAUAG